AUGUCUGAGCAAUCAAGAAGACAAUCAAGAAGACAGGACAGUACCGGUGGUCGACCAUCAAACGAUCAAGCAUCCGCUAAUGGUCAAGGCUCAGCUGGCGGUCAAACAAACAAUAAUGAACAAGUGCCAGGCUACCAUGACUCGCAAUAUACGCCCCAACCAAACAGGGUAUCUGCUUGGUCCAACACCACUGCAUCUUCAAGCUGGAAUCCCCCCUCUAGUAAUCAGUUUUCGGGCUUCUCAGGACCACAAGCAGCUGCAGAACAACUUCCCGAACGUCAAGGUAGUUCAAACGAUCUUAUUGGACCGGAUGGUCGACCUUUGAGCCAGUACUCGGUACCUCGUAGUACUGGUCCCAGGUAUAGUGAGGUCUCCACCAGACCUCCCAGUUAUGAAAGUAAUGAUCGUUUCCCUCAGCAACAGGAAAUUCCACCCACCACCUACACGCCCAGCAAUCCUUUAACUGCUCGUGAUGAUGGACCGUCCACUCUUGUAGCUGGAGUUCGACGCCCUUCCGGGUUCCCAUCUCAGAAUAGUAACUCGAGAAGCCAAGGCGGUUGGACUUGGCACCCAGCUAGCGGACAAUACUACUAUACCGAUCCCAAUGGAAACACGACUUGGAGCCGUGGAGGCUAA